AUGGACGUUCCUGGAUAUGCUAUAAUAGUUGGAGGGGGGAGUGGCAUUGGUCGGGCUUGUGCCAUCUCCUUUGCAAAGGAGGGGGCUUCUGGUGUUCUGAUAGCUGACAUUAACGUCCGCCCGGCGAAAGAUGCUGUCAGCGAGUGCAAAGCCGCAGCAGUAAACAAGGAAUUCCGCUGUGAGGCCAUUCAUGUCGACGUGACUCGCGAAGAUUCGGUUCAAAACUUGAUGAGCCAUGCCGUACAGACCUUCGGGCGCAUUGAUUACUGCGUCAACUCGGCUGGCAUCGGAGUUCGGCAAGCGGUCGAUAUUGCCAACACGUCUUUGUCCGACUUUGAGAGAUUUCUUCGAGUUAACACUACAGGAAUGUUUCUUGUCACGCGAGAAGCUUCUAUCACCAUGCGGUCUCAAGAGCCAGUCGCAACCUCAGCUGGUAGAGGGGUAUCGCGCGGGGCGAUUGUGAAUAUUGGCUCUGCGUCUUCCAUGGUUGCAAGUCCAGGUGUCCUACCGUACACCACGUCAAAGCACGCUGCACUUGGAUUGACGAAGAAUAGCGCUCUUGACAACGCGUCACAUGGAAUUAGAGUCAACUGCGUUUGCCCUUCCUGGACAGAUACCCCGAUGACACGACAGGCCCUCGAAGGCGUACAGGGUCUUGUUGAGUUUGUGCAUGCCGCAGUGCCGAUGGGCAGGAUUGCAACGCCAGAGGAAGUGGCAGAUGCUGUUAUCUUCUUGUGUAGUUCGAGAUCUAGCUACAUUACUGGCACAGCCUUGAUUGUUGAUGGUGGAACAACGCUGACGGCCAUGAGAUAA